CAGCAAUCCAUUCAAUAAUGAAGGAAAAUCUUAAAGCUGCAGUAUUUCUUCUGUCAAUAACCAUAGCAAUAUCCAAUCCAGUUUCACCACCCACAAAGUUUGAAAGCUUUCAACUGCCAGAUGAGUUGGAGAAACAAGUUGAAUUCAAAUUUAUUGAUGGCAAAAUCAUAACAGACAUUUCUUUGAAAUCUGAUGAUAGCAUCACUUAUCGUCUGCCGAACAAUACGCUCCCUGUGCGAUAUGACCUUUGGGUGAAGACUGAUGUCGAGAAAGAGAAUUUCAAUUUUGAAGGACAUGUAAAGAUUCAAGUUCGUGCGAUUGAACAGACAGAUUAUGUAACAUUGCAGUAUCGAGACAUUGUGAUAGACCAAAUUGAUUUAUUUGACGAGAAUGAAUUGAAAAUAGGCGAGAACUUAACAUUUGAGUACCUCGAGCCAUUGAGUCAUGAGUUUUUGAAAAUUCACCUCGGAAGUUCUGUAAACAUAGAUGCUCGAUUCACACUCGACAUCAUUUAUCACGGUGAAUUGCAUGAACCAAGCAAUAAUGGAUUUUACAAAGCAUAUUACAUCACAGCUAAUAACGAGACAAUAUGGUAUGCAACAACUAAAUUUGAACCGCAUCAUGCACGUCAUUUAAUGCCAUGUUAUGAUGAACCAGCAAUUCGUGCAGCAAUUGGAUUACAAGUUCAACAUGAUAAGAGUUAUAACACAUAUGCUAAUAUGCCACUCAAAAAUCGCUAUGUGGUUAAUGGAAGUGAUUAUGUCAUUUCUGAAUUUGAGGACACACCGCCAAUGCAAACUUAUUUACUUGCAUUUCUCGUGUCUGCUUUUAAAUAUGUUUCGAAUAAUGCCACAGUCGUUGAACAACGAAUAUUCGCUAAGCCACAGUCAAUUGAUGACGGUGAGGGUGACUAUGCCGCAAGCAUCUCAGAUGGAAUAUUGAAAAAGUUUGAAGAAUUACUUGAUGUAAAAUAUCCAUUACCGAAACUGGAUCAUGCUGCUAUUACGCAAUUUCCAAGUGGUGCUAUGGAGAAUUUUGGAUUUAUAAGCUAUCAAGAGGUUGCAUUGUUGCUGAAAAAAAAUUAUACGCCUGCACAAAAUCUGACUUAUACGAAGUAUAUUGCGAGGGUUGUUGCUCAUGAGGUAGCUCAUCAGUGGUUUGGUAACACUGUAGCCCCGGAAUGGUGGACACAUUUGUGGCUAAAUGAAGGUUUCGCAACGCUCUAUGAAUAUCUCAUACCACAUCUACUCUACCCAAACCUAAACUUCAGAGAAGACUUUCGUACUGCAUGUCUUCAAGCUUCGUUACGAAAUGAUUUGACGUCAAAUGCAGCUUCCGUUCCAAUGUCUCAUUAUGUUGAAGAUCCUACAGCUAUUCGUGGACGAUUCAAUUUUAUAUCAUAUCAAAAAGCAGGCACAGUGCUUAUGAUGUUCUUAGAAGCCCUUGGGACAGACAUUUUCCAUCAUGGACUUACAAAGUAUUUGACAAAUAAUUAUUAUGGAAUCGGAAAUCCAAAUAAACUGUUUACUUCUCUUCAAUCAUCUUUUGGUGACGAAAAUCAAUUGAAUAUUGCUACCGCAAUGAGCAGUUGGACGACACAAGCAGGUUUUCCAAUUUUACGUGUCGAACGGAGUGGAAAUAAAUUGAAAUUCAGCCAACAGCGAUAUCCAACAGGAAAUGGUGAAAUUUAUGCAAUUCCUCUUACAUUUGCGACAAAAUCAAAUGCAAAAUUUGAUGAUAAAACAGCAGGUUAUUGGAUUAAAGCAAAGGAAGAGGAAGUCGACGUCAAUGUAUUUGGUUUAAAUGGAACAGAUUGGAUCAUUUUCAAUAACCAACAAGUCGGUUAUUACCGAAUUGACUACAGUGAUGAUUUAUGGCUUGCUAUCGCAGAUGGAUUACGUCAUGAUGUCAAAAAAAUUCAUUUGAUUAAUCGUAGAAUUUUGCAAGAAGAAUUAAAUAUUGGAAUGACAGUCAGCAAGAGCAUAUCAGCAGCUACAAUGUUGGAAAUGCUAAAUACACUCGAGAAUGAGGAAAGCUAUUUAGUUUGGAAUGACGCAAAUAAUAAUUUCCAAUUCCUAAAUCGAACACUAAUGAACACAGUUGUGUAUGAAAAUUACAUGAAAUUUCUACGAUUAAUUACAAAGCCAAUAAUCGAUGAGAUUGGAUAUGAGGCAACAGAUUCAGAGCUGUUAGAAAUUACACAGCUUCGAUUGCGUGCCAAGACAAUAAAUUGUUAUGCAUUUGACGAUAAUUGCAUGCAGCAUGAACACACAAAAUUAAUUAAAUAUCAUGAAAAUGAGAAUGAAAAUCCAGCACCAGAUUUCUGUUCAGGUUUCCGCCUUGCCGGACAGGAUAUUUACGAUUACUAUCUUCAUGAAUUAAUCACGAACACGAGUCUUAAAAAUCGAAAUUUAAUUGCACGAACAAUUCAUUGCACAAUGAAUAAAGAUUAUCUCGGCGUUCUCAUUGCAGCCAUUGAGGAUGAUAAAAAUAUUUUAACCGCAUACGAACGCGGUAACAUCACAAAUUUCCUCCUCACGUCAAGCCCAAUUAGUUUUAAUGUUGCAUUUGAUUAUAUUCGAAGGAAUGUCGAGAAAAUUAUUCCAUUUAAAUCACAAAUUAUUGCAGCAAUUAACACACAAGAGAAAUUCGAUGAGCUCAAAUUACUACUCACUGAGGCGCUUAAUGACAAAAUCUUGACGCAAGCACAAGUUGAUGAGAUUAAAGCUGCAAUUGAUGACAAUUUGAAAUGGCAAGAGAAACAUUUGGGUGGCAUUAUGGAUUUUUUCGGAUUAGAUGAAGAGACUACAUUGACAGCUAAUGGAGUAUUUGUGUCAUUUUAUCUUAUCAUUUCGACAUUUGUUGUUAUCAGCUGCUUUAGAUAGGGAUUUUAAGUGGAUGAUGAUUGUGUUAAGAAUGGUCAGGAACUCUGAUUUAAGAGUUUGAGACUUAAUUAUUAUUUGUAAUAAAAUAAGAUUUACAACCUUUAGUUUAAUUAAUU